AUGCACGGGACGACACCAGAUCUAAAAGUGCCGACCACUAUAGAGACAUUGUUUUCAUCUGUGGGAAGCAACUUACUGUUCGACUUGGCCACCGGUUUCGCCCCGCCAUAUAAUUCAAUCUCGACUUUCACUAGCGCUAAUAACCUUGUGUUCUGCGAUUAUUACAUAUACCAAAUCUGGAGGAAUGCAGCCUCCACAGUUAGUAUGCAGCUGUCGGGAGUGGGUCGUUGUCAUAUCGAACAUGACAAAAUAUUUGUUCUGAGGUAUGACCCCCAGCGCCUACCAUGUUGGGACGUUCUGACCGACUUAAGGGGACACUUAGUGUUUGUUGGGAGGAUCAAAGCAGUGUCGAUAUAUGCAGAAGGUGUUCCGGGACUCAAGGGUGAUUGUGUGCACUGGAUCGGUGGGAGAGGUAGGGAUUGGGGCAUGGUCUUUGAUAUGAAAACUGGUAGGUCAACACCUUGCAUUCCCCUAAUGGAUGGUGUCAUUCCUGGGUGUCCACAAAGCAUAAUCUGCUGGUACUUUCUAAGCGAUGAAUGA